AUGGUUGAUUUGUCUGUUUCCGGUAAUCUUGAUCUAGCUAGUAGCACAGACCAAGUGACGGUGAAAUAUCAGAUUGAUAGUACUAGUUCUUCCGAUAGUGAAGAAUACGUUGAUGCAGAGUGCGACGAAAACAACCUGAUAAUAACCGGUAGCAGCAAAAAAGCACAGAAUGAUACAGCCCAGGAUUUCGACCAACCGGAAAGUGACAAUGAUAUAGAUAACUUUAAGCCCGUAGACAACUUCGAAGCUCCCAGUCAAGAAUUGGUAAAUAAAAUUAUCAAAGAAGUUGAAUAUUAUUUCUCGAACGAAAACCUCUUGAAGGAUAGUUUUCUUUUAAAACAUAUUAAACGAAAUAAACAAGGAUAUGUCAGUCUGAAGCUAGUUGCCUCGUUUCGAAAAGUAAAGCGUCUAUCAAAAGAUUGUGAAGUUAUUGCGUACAGCUUGCGACAGUCGGAAAAAUUGGAUCUGAACACCGAGGGCACUAAAAUCAAACUAAAAAAUUACCUGCCAACGAAUGACGAUAAAUCUGCCAGGAGUGUCGUAGCGUACAAUUUGCCUUUAGGUCAGCCUUCGGCAGAACAUGUUAAGGAACUAUUCUCUAAGUGUGGUGACGUUUCUCAAGUGAGGAUUCUACAGCCUGGUAGCACUAUUCCAUCGGAUAUCAAAUGUCACCUUUCUAGAGUAGAAUCUGCUAUUUGUGCUGUGGUUGAAUUUGUAAAAGUCGAAGCUGCAAAGAAAGCGACUGUUGAAUUAGACUGCACAAACGUUGACUGGCGAUCUAUGCGUGUUGUUCCACUCGUAAGUAAAAAGUCUAAGAAGUCUCUUGACGAGGGCAAUAAGAAAUCUGACUGUAACGAUAAAAGAAAAAAGGAAAAACGCAAUAGGAUCGAACAGUUGAGAAGUAACGAAAUCGCUGGUAGUGGCUCGGAAACGGACUACUCCAUUGGACCGAGGCAGAGAUCGGACACUGGUUCUAGCUCUAGCUCCGGCUAUUUGUCGUCAUCGCCGAAGUCCAGCGAGUGGAUUGGUCAUCAUGUUGGCAAAGAACAGCAGAAACAAACUCUUGGGCUCUCAUUCCAUCGAAAUAACAGCAAUCUUCAAAAUGGUGAACAUAAAUAUCUGACUUCAUCUACUAACUCUUGGAUACAGCGAAGGCGAGAAAAUGGUACACCUUCUCAAGUCCACAACUCUAAGUUAAUUCCAGAAGGAGUGAUUCGGCUUCCUCAUGGUCCCAAUGGUACUAAAGGGUUUAACUGGAAUGCAUUUAAGUCUCAUGCAAAUAUUCCUGUUACUGUGUAUUAA